AUGAAAAGCUCUAUGGAAGCUCUGCGAAGGCACAACGAAAGCUCUAUGAAAGCUCUGCGAAAGCUCUAUGAAGGCACUACAAAAAGCUCUACGAAACCUUACGAAAGCUCUACGGAAAGCUCAGCCAGUGCAUGCAAGAUAACUUCUGUAACAUGUUCAUGUGACACACGCGACAUCUUCUGGUGCCCUCACGUGGUGGCACUCUCCCUGCACCGAAUCCGCCACGCUGACACCGUCCAGCUCAGGAUACCCAUCUCAGAGACCCUUCUGCAGAUGGACAGACAGCAGCUACAAAAAAUGGUACAGUAUCUCAUUAGCGAACACCACACGGAGGUCCUGCCCACCGCACAGAAACUCGCAGAUCAGAUCCUACAACACAGUCACCCCAUCAACCAUAUUCAAGGAGCUCCAGACCCGACAGCAGGAGGGAGCGCCGAGGAGGAGCACUGUUGGCACUUGGACGCCGAGCAGGUCAAGGAACAAGUGGGCCAGUACCUAACACAGGGAGGCUACUACAAUGCUAAUAAGCAGCUCUACUUCAUGUUUACAAAGGUGCGGGAGAUGGUCCGUGCGAGAGACAGUAAUGGUGCUAAGAUGCUCACAAUGAUCACUGAACAGUUCCUUAAUGACCCUAGACUUUUGCUGUGGAAGUCUCAAGGAACUCCAAUGACAGACAAGUGCCGGCAACACUGGGAUCACAUAGCUGCAUUAUGGGUAUGCGUUGUGUUGGCCCCACACAGUGGAAAGAUCGAGAAGCAGCAGUGGCAGAGAUUGUUGGAGCAGUGGGCAAACACAGAUGUUUGCCCCCUUGAGGACCCUGACCACAGACAUCAGGAUAAUAAUGACAGGAAUCGUUCAGCAGCCUACUACCUCAGUUCGGAUGAAGAGUCGAGUGAUGAUGACAGUGAACACAGACGAAGAGAUCCUACUAGAGAAGGCAAUAACGGUAAUAACAGAGAGCACAAUCAUCGUCAGCACAACAACCACCUCCAUUACAACCAGAGAGAUAUCCGAGACAGAGAUAGAAGAUCAUCACACAGGAGACACAAACGUCGUAGGAUAUCAGCUCCACCUCGAACUAUAUUUCAUCGGGCAAUAGAUGCUUGCAAUAUGUCCUGGGAAGAUAAUCACCUAGCGACUAUUCUUGCCGGUGAAACUCCAGUGUUAAGGACAAACCAACAUUCCUCCUCCUAUUAUAAUGAACAUGGACAACCUCUAUGGCAUGAACCAGUCCCAGUUGCUUGUUCCCGGGUGGAUGCACUGCGAUCUCACGGUUACACCUCAGAAGCACUAAGACUCGCAGUGGCUGUCGUCCGAACCCUGAAGCAAGCGCAGAGAGAAGCGUAUCUUUGGUGGGGAAGUAAGAGGGAGGAGAUGCUACCAAGGUGUUCAGCGUCCAGAGCGUGUAGAUCUUUAGGUCCCGGAGCUCUUGAGGGCUGGGUGGGACAUCCUCUGGACCCCAUAACCUGCCUUUUCGAUACUCUAGCUGAAGCAUCACUCUUGCCUGAAGAUCUUCCGAGGUUUCAGUACCAUAGUGAUUGGCUUGGUGUAGCAAACGAAGACGCAACAAACCUGGCUCCUCUUAGGUAUCGUCAUGUUCCCAUCCCAGGUUCUAGUGAUCCCUGGGAAUCCUACCUUACCCUGGCCCUUGAGGCAGCACUCAUUGGUCUGGGCCAACAGCGUGCUAUGCCUCCUGGCCUCUAUGCCCAAGAGAAGGCAUGUAAACAAGAAGAGAAAAUGAUAUUGAAGCUUCAAGAACUCAAUCUCGAUUCUCCCUUGUUGGCGGUUCUGCGACGGCAGGCCAGACUACUCUUGGAAGGUGGACCUUUCUCCGGCCUUGGAGAAGGCAUUCACCCUGAGAGUGUGCCCAUGCAUACCUUUACAAAGUUCCUAUUUUCAUCUCUACUGCCACAUGAUCCAGACCUGGCAUAUCAGCUGGCUUUAAGAGCGAUUAGACUACCAAUUUUAGAAGAUCAUGAUGAUGUCGAUGACCCAGUAAAUGGUAAUGUGUCUUCCUUGGUGCUGUCCAGGUACCCACGGUGGUUCACCUUGGGUCACAUUGAGACACAGCAGUGUGCUCUUGCUUGCACCAUGAUAAAUGCAGCCAAGAUGUUUCUGUUUCCAGAUGAUAUGAUGCGGUUACGAUCUGUUUUGGAUGCUGCCUUAAGGAACAUCCACAGUUCGUCGCAUCUCUUCAAGCUUGCCCAAGAUGCUUUCAGGCUUGGUCUUCCUGGAGAAGGUCAGAGGAACUCGCUCCUUCUGAACGCUGCUUUAGAACUAGGGCUUCAGGUUAUGCGAAUGACCUUAACGUCACUCAACUGGAGGAGGCGAGAAAUGGUCAGAUGGCUCGUGACAUGUGCAACGGAAGUGGGAGUGUCAGCUCUCAUCUCCAUCAUGCAGAACUGGUUUACUCUCUUCACUCCAACCGAAGCGACAGGUGCGGUGGCGUCAACUAUCAUGAGCCACACUACUGUUAUGCGCCUGCAGCUGGAUCGGAGCAAACAAGAUGAGCUUGCUGCUUGUGCAAGAUCUUUAGCGUUGCAAUGUGCCACAAAGGAUCCACCAAAUUGUGCCCUUAAUGCCUUGACCUUAUGUGAGAGUGAUCCAGUAUCAUUUGAAACAGCUUAUCAAGUUGUUGUUGAUGCUGCUGCCCAUACCAUGACCUCCUCGCAACUCUUCACAAUUGCCCGGUAUAUGGAACAUCGGGGGUAUCCACAUCGGGCAUAUACUCUUGCCAUGCUCGCCAUGCAGAGCGUUCACCUGGCAUAUAACCAGGAUACUCAUCCAGCUAUCAAUGACAUACACUGGGCUGUUGCGUUAGCACAUUCCUUGGGACGUGCGGAACUAUCUCAGCUUCUACCGGUGCUUAUUAAGAAUGUCCAGUGUGCCACAGUCCUCUCUGAUGUGCUACGACGAUGUUCCCUCUCUGCACCAGGCAUGGCCUGUCCAGAUUCCAAGCGACGACCUAUAAAACCCCUGGCAUUUGAUAAAGCACCUCUUCGGGGUCUAUUAGAAGCUACCAUCUUGGCCUAUAUAAACACCACAAAUUCCCGCCUCACUCAUAUUUCCCCAAGACAUUAUCAAGACUUUAUUGACUUUUUGACUAAAGCCCAUGAAACAUUCAUGCUUGCUCAUGAUGGACACAUCCAGUUUGCACAAUUAAUUGAAAAUAUGAAAGUAGCAUAUAAGGGAAAGAAAAAGUUGAUGUGUUUAGUGCGAGAACGCUUUGGCUGAUGUUUAGUGAAUCAGUAUCAGCGACACUGCAGAAAAUGCUACAGUAAAGCAUUAAGUUCUUCCCAUUGAUCAGAAAAGUCAUUAGUGUCAUCUUGACAUCCAUCCUAAAAAACGCAAAGCCAAAUCUGUAGCCGUUAAGAAAGUGAUGAUGAGUGCUGCCAAGAAAGCUAACUACUCGGGGCAUUGGCUUAUUACCUGCAGUGUAUUGGUGAUAUAAACUGAGUAUAAUCCUAUGUAUUAGAAGUAUGUAUAUUUGUGAGUUUGAUUCUUAAAUUAGGCAUGCUCCAUGUGCCGCAAGUCCAUAUUUUCUUAUUGUUAACUGUCAUGAAGUGGUUUACAGAUUCACUUACUUUACAUUGCAAAUAAGCUAAAGACCCACUCCUAAGUUUCUGUACUACUGUGUAAUAGCUCAUAAUGUCGCAUGUACAAGCUCAUUAACUGGCAGAAAAAGUCAUUGAACUUAUUCAAAAGGUAUGUGGAAUUUCAAUAACGUGUGCUAAAAAUACUAUAAUCCUCAUUUUAUUUUUAAUACUGUGUAUAUUAUUUAUUCAAUUUGCUUCUGCAAGUACUGUGUAUUUAUACCAAAGAUUAGUGAGAAACAAAUGGGUGAGCACUUUGUACCAAUACCAAAGCUGCAAAUAAACCCAGUAGACAGUGUGAUACUAUGCUAAGUGGAAUCCCACCUCUUAUGCCCAUAUCACGCGGAGUUGGCGCCGUCAGGGACUCCAGUACAAACUAAGGCAAAGUUCACAAACUCUCUAAAAUGCUCAGGCUCACGUCACGGGACUCAUCCUCAACAUCUGUUGAUGCGACUCAGAAACUUCAGAAUAGUCAGUCAUAACUGAUAACCAAAAGAGAAGAGAAUAAAUAAAGAGCCUAAGCAUUUGUUUAUUGUGAUCAAAGCCUAUAUCGUCAGGCUUCUCUCUGUCUCUAUCCUGCAAUAGAAUGCGGGCCGAGGAUACAGAAAUUGGUUCAGAUACCCCUGGAAGAGGUAACUGGUCAAACAAAAAAUUCAGAUUAAAUUGAUUUUCAAAAGCAUAUACAUAUUAAAUUAUGUCUUAACAACUGGAAUUGGAUAUCAAGAAUAUUCUAAGUACACUUGUCUCCAGUGCAAGUGUUAGUGAAAAGCUUGUUUUAGAAAAAAAGGAAGCAACUAUUGAUGUGUUGGAAAUACUAGAAAAACCUUUCCCCGCAUGCUAAUAAUUUAAAUUGUGAUGUGGUUAAAUGUUUUUGGCUCUUGGGUGUGGCUACAGAAAAGCUCUCUGUUCUGUAUAUAUGAUGGCCAGCGAGCUUUCAGUGGUGGAUCACCUCUGCCUGAGGGUCAUAAUUACUUAUCUCUUCACAAGUUAUACUCACCAAUGUAUAGCAGGAGUGGCUAUUGAUGGAGACAUGUAGUCGGAAAUACUGUGUGCUACUGUAGUGCUGCCUCUCUCGUCAAAGUUACUUUCCGACGAUAAUGCACUUUAGUGAUCUACCUCCAUAUUCUUAUGUAGCAAACACAGCCGUGGCCUAUGUAGAUGGUUGUUUUUGUUUGCUGUCUUGCCAUAUCUUCAAAAGGUCCAGUGUGUUAUGUAUGAUCUCAUGUCCAAGGACAAAAAAAAGUCUCUUUCUAGGCUGUAGAUUUCCAAGUUGUACAUAGAUGUGUGUAGUGUGUAAGGCGCCACAGUGCCCUAUGGCAUGAUUGUUUUUAGGUCUCAGUUAGUGUGUUUGAUCUUUAAGUGAUGGUCAUGGCCGUUUCUGUAGCAGUACAUCUUUAUCAUUCCCCCUCUACGUCUUCAUGAAAAAAGUCCGGAGCUUUACUGAUAUAGGAUCUUGUCUGACACAGAAAGGGUUUUGGGGUCAUCACUUGAGUAGGCUAUGUUUAUUUGUUUAGUCAAAAGAUUUAAACUGUUUUUUGAGACAUUUGAUAGGCUAAUAGUUUCAUUAGUGUUAUAUUUAAUGUGACUAGUGUUCAAGCUUGUUUCCCUUCUUUCAUAGGAAUUUCAUUUUGUUGCUUAGUGUUACUAAUGGUAUUUAAGUUAUUUAUGUACAAACUACAAUGUGCUGGUCGAUACCAAUGCCUCCCCAAAACUUCCAAAAUGGCUACGUAUUGUACAUGUACACUGCUAGGCUGUAAGUCUUCUGUGUGAUCUAACAGUGUCCCUGUAAAUAUUAAUAAUAUCAUAAAUCUAAUGCCCAACUCUGCAAAAGCUUCAUGAGCCCGAAACUCGAUGUUAUGUGUAUAUAUAUGUGUACUUCCAACUAGCAUAUGGCAGCCAUGGAUAUUUUUUUCCAGUGGAGCAUAUAAGUGCUAAUUACUGAAGACUUUUGCCGCUGUGUUUAUCGAGUUGUAUAAAGAAUGGGCAAGCAAUACAUGAAGCAGAAGAAAUGUGUGACAUAUUGUGUAUUUAAUAACGAGCUGCAUUGGUCAAGAAAAUUACAAAAAAAGUAUAUAUAAUCAAAGCCAAAGGCUCAAGUUACUAUGUCAUGUCACUGUUUUGCAUUUUAAUGAUAUCACACCUACCCAAGGAAUAUUUGUGAACUCAAAGACAAAAGAUAAGAAAAGAUGAAUGGGUAAAAACCACUCAGUAUUUUAGAUAGGUUCAACCUCAUAUAUAUAUAUCGUAUUUAUUUCAUCAUGCCGCCUCUGCCUAAAUCCCUAGGUUCCGACAGAAAAUCAUAACAUAAGCCAUAGAUCCAUAUUUGCAUAUAACCUCACGGUAGCACAAGGAAGAACCAUACGAGUGAUCAUUGUUAUAUAUAUAUAUAGGAGUGAUGAUGAAAAAUGCUGGAGUGAUCAUUAUUUACAUGAUCAUAGUCUGACUCAUGACAAUCUUAGCUAGAGGCAUAUCACUCCCGAAGUCCUUGUGUCUGAAGCACUUCAGUGUCCCUUUGAAUCAUUUGCUUAAAAAAUGAAACUGUAAGAUAAAAGUGACUCGCAUGUGAAUACUGUAAAAUGCAUGUCAAUGCUUGAGAACUGUGUAAUAUAUGUAGAAACUUGUAAAUAUUAGGGUGACUUGUGGAGGUCACUUUUAGCAUUAGGUAGGUUAUUUUCCUCUUUGUCUUCAUCUCCGUCUCUAUCUCUGUCUCUGGGCAUACAUAUUAUCCUCACACAUUUGAAAUCCCAGUGGAUACCAUUUGUUAUGGUAUGUCAGAGUUGUGAAAUUCGUAACGAAAUUCUGUUUCAUUUUACUACCAUCAUGAUUUUUUCUUUUUAUUUAUAUAUUUAUUCAUUUUUUUGUUUUCUUCAUUCAGAGGGAAAUAAAAGUAUGUGUCUUCUUUUUACCUGUCAUGUUAGUAUUACAAUUGUCUGUUUUUAAAAGGCAGUGGUAAAGAAAUUUGUUGUUAUCCUCAUUUUUUCAGUUGUUGUUAUUUAUAUGCCUUCAAAAGUCUAAUUAUUUAGUAUUUGUCUGAAGAAGAUGUGGUGUGGAAAAGUAUUUUCAAGUAAUUUAGACAUGAUAAUCAUUGUGAGUGAUUGAAAGUGUGUGUAAUUGAAGGAAAAUGUGAUGCGAAAGUUUGGUUGAAUUAUUUUCUUUACUGAAAAGAAUGUUUGCUAAGUGUUCACUGCUAAACUGUUUUUGAUACAAAUCAUAUGUUACACAUAAUUUCCUUAUUUUAUGUGUGAUUUGCAAAAAAACAAAAACAAACUAGAAUUGAAGUGUACAGGAUCUUUGCAAAGCCAUAUGCAAAUGUCUACAAGUGGGUGAUGUAAAUGGUAAUAAGAGUUUUUUGUUCUUGUUCUUUAUUUAAGUUGUGCAGAUUCCUAAACCCGACCAUACAUUUCACCCCAGUCCUUACCCACCCAACCCGAAAACCUACUACCCAUUUUGUCCUGUCAUAAUUAUUGUUUCUGCCAUUUUUUACAUUUGUAUUAAAGACUUUACAAGGA